CGGAAUAACGCGCAACGCCUCCAAAUCGUUCUCAAGCGUCACCAGUUGGUCGUUUUCAGAAGAGCAGAGACCAGAGAAUGAAGUCCAGAGGAUUCCAACAUUCCGAGAUACGUAAACUGGGAUCAUUCUAAUUGUGUAGGAUCGUGCAUGCGCGCCCUUUAAACGAAUUACUGGAAUUCAUAAACAUACACACUUUAUACAAUGAUAUGUGACGUUUAAGUACUUGAAUCAUGGGGAGAGUUUUCGGGUAAAGCCUAAAGGUUCAAUGUGUAUAGAUGAUUUCAUCAACACUGGCCACCCUUUGAACGGAUGAAAUCAUCAAUGUCCAGCACUAUAAAAGUUUAAGGAUCCUUGGAGCGAGAAGCAUCUUCAGUUCUGGACAUCAGGCAAGUCUCGCCCAGUUUGCAACCAUGAAAUUCUCCCUCAUCGCCGUCCUUGUUAUUGCUCUGGCCAUUGCCUCUGAGUCCGUCUCUCUGGUCAAAAGAGAGGCUCCGGCUGAGCUCGAGAAGAUCGCCAAGUACUUCCAAGACCUCGUGGACAAUCUGAAGAAUGUCGAGGGCCCUGAGAUGGCCAACAAAGCCAAGGCUUACUUUGAGGAGAGCAAAUCCCAGUUCCAGCCCAUGGUUGAGAAGCUCCAGGAGCAGCUGAAGCCUCUUUCCAACAUUGAAGAGCACAUCAAGCCACUGGCCGCCUCCGUCCAAGCUCAGGUUGCCCCUCUGAGUAACAUAGUCCAGACCCAGGUUCUAGAUAUGCUCAAGUUUAUGAAUGAGAAGACCAAAGCUAUCCUACCCCCCAAAUAAACAGGAAUGAGCGUUCUUUACUUCGUUUUCAUUCCUAUUUGACACAUUUUGUUUAUAUGUAUGUUUGAAAUAAUAAAAGGGGUUGAAAGUUAACAUCUUUGUCUUCGUGUUGUGUUUUAGUUUUGGUUUACUGAUUCAGAUGGAAAAGUGACUUUAGACCGCAGAUAUGUCAUCAGGCAGCACAGGGACGUUUUACUGCAAAAUCUGAAAUCGUCUGGCUUUAGUUGAAGUGGAAUAAAAAAGUCUGUCCAUUUCUUGUAUGCUUUAACAGAAUACAUUCAGAUCUUACUGCUGAAUAAGAACAGAGAAAUGAGGAAAGUAUUUAAAUAAAUAAAAAAUCAUUUUUACUGUAUUAACAUACAUACAUUUAAAAACAAGCUUAAAAACAGUCACACAAAAAAGAAAACAUAAACAUAAAGGUGCAAGUACGCAAACAGACAUUUACUUCUAUUUUUUAAAUAAUCACGAAAGCAUAUCAUGACUACAUUUAUUUCACACAAAAUCCAAAGGAUCUGCAUCAGUCAUUUAGUUUGGCAGCAGAGGGCAGUGUAAAUAAACAUCUUUUUCUGUGCGCAUUGAAG